CGUCCCUGGUUUCCGUUGCGAAGGAAGCGGCGUCUCUGGUUGCCAAGAUGGCGGCCGGGCGACAGAGCCCCGGAGCCGUGGGCGCCCCGGCCCAGCACUGACCCGGCGUGUGAGGGACCGAGCGGGCCGGCGGCAGCAGCUGUCAUGGGGGCGGCCCGGCGGGGCUGAAUGGAGCCCGGCGUGAGGGCCGCGGGGGGCGGCAGCCCCGCACAGCGGGAGCAGGGCUCUGCUGCCCCGGGCGGCCCCGGCUGGAGGAGCCUCUUCCUCCCCGAUCCGGACAGCGCCCUCCAGAGCCAGGCCGGCACCUUCGCGGGCAGCGCAUGCGCAACUUUGAAAUUUCUUCUUGAAAGAGAUUUAGAAGAAGAGCGUGAAGCAUUAUUAGAGGAUCAAAAAAUAUGUCGGAGUCGGGCACGAAAACUUUGUAUAGAGACAAAUAGAAGAAGAAAAGCACUCGAGGAAAAACAAAGGGCAAAAGAAGAAAAAGAACUAAGAUCUAGAGAACAGAUCCUGAAACAAAGGAAACUGAAACUUCAAGAAGCAACUGAAAAGUUCCAGCGUGCUCAUCUCCCUUUUUCCCAACGCAGGAGAAUAGUUCAGAGAAAACCAGCUCCUCGAUUAGAAGAGGCUCUUGAACAAAUUCAAGGAUCCGUUUUAACAUCAGGGUUAUGUUUAUCAUCAUCUAAUAGGCACAAAAGUAGCUGCAGAACUACAGAUUCUCCCUCUGAUUCAUCAGCAUCUAAAAAUGGCUUCUUACAUCGAAAGCAGAUCUCCACAAAUGGUGGCUAUGAUAAAAUGAUCCAAGAAAACAGUGGAACAAACUUGGAUAGUGACCAACUUCUCUUCCAGCAAAAUCUGGAGGAAAUGCAGCGACUCCUUGAAAAACAGCAUCUCAGCAGCUUGGCGAAUUUUCACCAAGAAGUCAACCAAAUAACAAAUUCUGACAGCCCAUCAAGCCUGGACAGUCUUGAGGCAGGAGAACAAAAUGAAAAUUAUACAACACCCAGUGAAACAUCUUUGACUACACAGUGGGACGACUCUAUACCCUACAAUUCACAAAAAUCACAGUCUAUGAAUAAGAGCUUCCUUCAUACACCUGAACUAACUUUUUCUAAAAAUCAGCAUGUAAAUAAUUGGCUGAUAAAUUUAGAUACCCAAAAUAGCCAGCCAAACACUCCUUUUCAUGACACUUUAGCUAAUGUUCUAAUUCCUGUUGAAAAUGUACACAAUCCAAAACAGAAAUCAUUUGUUCUUAGUGGAACAGAAAAAAGAACAACAGAUAUAUGUACUUCUGAUAAUCAAAUAACCUUUGUAAACAGUCCGUGUACUUUUAUGCAAAAUAGGAAAGAAGAAAAAACCAAUAUGUUGAAAGUUCCAUCUUCUGGAAUGGUUAGUAGAGAGAGUUCAUUAGCCACUGAUAGCCCUGUGUUCAAAUCCAGCAAAGCCUGGGUCACCUCUGAUUCUACUCCAAGAGAAAGAGUUCUAGAUUCUGUACAGGAGCAGAGUUCUGAACUGACCCAACAGAGAAGAACCACCUCAUCAGUACAAACCUCAAAUCAGCCUAUGGCAACACCUGUAAUCUUACCUCCGAAACAGUGGAGUUCAACUGGUGUUCACAACAGUACUUUCUCAUCUAAUCCUUUACAAAAGGGCAAAAAUACAAAUACAGUGCCAUGUACUGAUAAUCUAGACAAUUUGUCAGAAACAAAAGAUGAAAACAUAAAAAAUUUUAAUGGUAUUAAUCAGGGAUCAUCUUUAUUUCAAGACACAUCUAAUGCUUCCAUUUUGUGCAACACUGAUCAAGAAGAGGACAAAAAAGAAGAAAAGGGAAAUGUGGCUGAAGCCAUGUCACCUUUGUCUAAUGCAAAGUUUAAUGGUGAAUUGUCUGAACAUCACAGAUACCUGAGAAAUAACAUGCAUGAGCGAAAGGGAGUGAAAUUGCCCAAAAGCAUUUUAAAGAAAGAAUCUAAAUAUGAAAAUUAUUGUUUCAAAGCAGUAGUUUUGAACCGAAGGAUCAGUUUUGGGAAUCAAACUGCAUCAUCGAUCAGAGACAGUCUAGAAUUGGCAAAAAUAAAAGGGAAAGAUGCAGAAAAUCAAAAGACCAAUAAGAAACUCAGAUGGUUUGAUGAAACUGACAAAAUAGUAGUAGAAGAUGAUGAAAAGUGCACCACAGGAGUAUCUCAGGCACAGUUGCAGCCGUCUUAUGUUCAAAGUAAACUCAAUGAUGCUAACAAUAAUUUAAGAAGUAUUCCAGCUUGCACCACAAAUUCUAUCUGCACAGAAAAUCACCAGGAUUAUCCCCCAAUAUCCACAAAAAUUGUUGCUGCUGGAGGCUCAGAAAGAGACUGUAUGCCUCUGCGUUGUUUUGUAUCUACAGGUUACCACUUUGCUAAACAAGCUUGGAUGGCAUCAAAGGGUGAUGAAAGUAAACCCCCUGCAUAUAGUGGUGACUCUAAAAUUCAGAAAGGUAAUCUGUGUAAAGGUAAGACUAAGAUAAUCAGAAGACCAAGAUCUGCCAAAACCCAAUCAGGUUUUACACCUAAGAAUAGAAAGGGCACUAUAAUCCGACCGCAGUCUGCUAGUGAAGUAGAUAAGGUUAUAAAAGCUCAGGGUAAAAUCAUUGUACCUCAUCCACCACCUAAACCUGUACCAGGCAAUAGGCCAGAUCAGAAUGUAGCAGACAUUAUGUGUCAACCAGUAAAUUCUUCCAAAUGUCAAUCCAACACUACAAAUGGUAACUAUGUAAAUGCAAGACACCUUUUGCUAGCAGAUCAGGUUUUAAAUAGAACCACUAUAGAAAAUAAUAAGAGUAUUACUUGCAGUUCUGACUUGGUCACUGAGAAAUUGGUACCCCCACCUUCCUACAACGUAUCUCCAAGUGAGCCUUUGGAAAAGACAAAUUAUACUGUAAAUAAUAUUCAGACAAUUGCCCAACAAGACAGCUUGAUAACUGGUACCAAAAGGAAACCUGUAUCUGCAGAAAAUGGACUACGUCUUGAUCGUACACCAACUGAUGAAGAAAUAAAUCUUUUGUGGCAGGGUGUGCAUAGUGCCCUAGCUCAAAAGGAUUAUGCUGCUGGUGAUUUCCGGCAUUACGAUGCUCGUUACAAUAAUUCCGGUAGCACUAAUUUGCAACCUAUUAAAGCUAACAUAUCCCAUGUUACUCUUGAUGGUGGCAACCUUCUGACCACUUUUAAAUCAUCUAGAAUGAAUGGAUUUUUCUCUUCUUCAUCAAAUGGUGCUGUUCCUGUUACAAGACGAAAACAAAUUUCUGACAACAGCGAAAAUAAACGUAGAGCUCUUUUAGAACAGAGAAGACAAAUUGUAGCCUCUGCAGGAAGGAAACCCACUCAUUAUGCACAGAAUACAGUACAUACUGUCCAGCGAAGUCCAUUUCAAUGUGCAUUUGAGCCAGUGCAAACUGUGAGUGGCAUCCCUAAUUCUGAUGAAGUUUCAGAAAGCACUGCCCAGUUUUUGCUGGCAGAAAAUCUAGCAGGUACAUCAGUUACAGAAGGUGAAAUCCUGGCUGCUUUGGAAACAGUGCAACCACCUGGACAAACCAUGGUGCUUAACAAGGCCCAGCGGCGAGGCAUGAGUGCACUGUCACUAGAAGAACAGAAGAUUCUUCAGUCACUUGAUCGUCUCAAUCAAAGAUUGCAGAAUGUCCAAGAAACCAUUGCCAAAAACCUAUCCGUGUCAAGUGUUUUACAGAUAAUCUCUCCUUUGAACAUUCAGCAAUCUGCAUCCUCCUCUUCUGUGGACCCUCCAUUAGCCAUGCGAAGGUAUCGGAGUAUGUCAGCUGAUACUCUGUCACGACUACAGAGAAGAUACUGACAUGGACUAACAAAGGCUGCUUCACUGGAUUUUAUUUUAAUACCGCCUCGUGUUCUUUAUGUAAUGUAUACUUGUAUUCAAAACACUACACACUAUAAAAUCAACCACAGUGUAAAGAUGUAAACAGUAACACAAGUAAUGAAUGUCAGUUAACUAGUUUACAUUUAAGACAUUUUAUUAUGCACUUUACUGUAAAAUAUUGUAUUUUGAAAGAGUGGAAAUACCUCACAUUUUAAUGAGUCUAUUGCUGGUUGUAAAUGUACUGUAUAUUUAAUUAAAAUGACAUGGAAAAGAGAUUAUUUUGCUACUCAGGUUAAGAUUAUGUAUAAACUAAUCUCCUAUCUUCAUGGUUUUCCAGAUUUGCUAAUAAAUUCUAUUACAUUUGUAAAAGGUAUGUUGUAGAAA